AUGAGAGGUAGAGGUGGGAGUGCCGCUCGGGGAAGGUGUGGCAGGCGUGGAAGGAGAGAGGUUGGAGGUAGGGGGCGCAGUGAGGCUCGACAGGUCCGAGUGGGUAUCCGUGUUGGUGUCCGUGUUGGUGUCGGCGUCCGCCUGGGCUGCAGCGGCGUGGUCUGCGGGGGAGUGGUACAAUGCGGUCAGCGCGCUGGUCAAUCGCACCGCCUGCGUUCUUGGGCAAAGGUUCAGGGAGACGCUGGGAAUGACGUUAGCGUUCAGCCGACAGACGUCAGCUUAUGUGGCAACAAACCGGGUAACUGGUCCAUUAGGUGGGCCUUCGGCGUGGUCGAAGCCGCGACCGUUACCGCAGAUGGUGACGAGGAGGUCGUACGCCAAGACAGUUGUGUCGACGAGACUGAAGUGCAGCCCCGUGGAGAGGAUGUGAUUAAGGACGUCAUCGCUGUUGUUGUUUCUAUCUCUGAGCAGGUUAUGGCAAUGCGCUGGCACGCGCUUGUAUACUGCGGUGUGCGGCAGCCCGGCGAGCCAAGCGAGGACGUCCCUGACGGUGCAGGGGUAUCGUGGCUCAGGGGGGAUGUGCAGGUGACAGACACGCAAGUAAUAUUUCAGCAUGUCGUGGAGUGCGUCCAGGGGCUCCAAAGCGCCAUGGAUGAGGCCGCAGAUUUCAGCACCGUUGCAGGCAUUCUCGUUCCGGAGCUCGGCGUGGAUGAGGCCAUCGGAAGCAACGACGAAGCCACAGCGCGCGAGGAAUUGCCCUAG